AUGGCGAAUACACACGAGCAGCAACAAGAUUCCCAUCUCCUCCAUCGCCCAACAUGGCGAACAUCAAACGGCCUCGGCUGUCUGCGCAGCCGCUUCCAGAAUCUGCCAGCGGAGGUCCUGCUUGUCAUCAUAGAGCAGUUCCUCCAGCCGGAGGCUAAACGCGGUAAUCUUCAAGACCUGGGAAAUGGCGGACCGUCGCCAUCAGAGCUGCAGCGGCUGGGGCUGCCGGUAUUACCAUCACCAACCCCAAACACCGCCCAGGCCCAAAAACCGGACGAGGCACAAAAGCCAACCAUGCCAGACCUCGCAGAGCUUUUCUACCUAGGCCUCCUCAACGACAGACUCCGAGAGUUGAUCCCACCCAUGCUAGAGUCCCAUGCGCGCAGCAACUCCUCCCGUAGCACAAACGCAAGCAUGAGCCCGACCUCACAGACAGAUCCGAGCGGGUUGUAUUCCUACAUCCUCAUCUUCUCCACAAUACGAGGGCUUCGUGAAGGUAUUAUCGCCGCCCUGGACCGCGGCGCGGAUAUCAACGCCAACGACGGCAUCGAAAAGUCCCUCGCCGUCAACAGAAUGACUGACAACAAGCCUACGGGCUCGUGUCUGACUGCCCUUCAUUGGGCGGCGUUUAACCGGGAUACUGCGAUGCUUCGCCUGUUACUCGACCGCGGCGCUGACGUCCGACGCACGGCGGUCCGCACGACGUACAGCUCCAUGGACGCCCACAACCCGAUUCGGGCGCAGGGUUUUCGCCCGCAUUUGCUCCUGGGUCCAGGCGAUCGCCUAGAAGACAAUGCAAAGACGCUGGUGAAUGCGCUCGGUUUCGCGUUACAGGCGAAUUACCGCCUCUUGCCUGAUGGCAUGACGGAGCAGCAGCGACAGGCGUUUGUGGCUGAUCGUGAUAUGCGCGAUGAAGAGGCUGUGAGGAUACUGGUCGAGGCCGGGUGUCCUGCUUUCGUUAUGGAGCAUCGGGAGCGGGAGUUCAAUGACGCCUGUGAGCUGGAGCGGUGGGGUGUUGCGCGGGAUAUUUUGGCGAAUACGGAAUGGAGGAGAAGGUGCGCUGAGAGGGAUGAUGAUAGUUCGCGGCUGUCUCUUGUGCGUGUUGUUAGGGGGAGGAAUCCUAGUCGGCGGGUGAUGGGCUGUAAUGCGAAUGAGUGGUGAUGCUGUUGAAGGAUGCUUCCGAGGACAGUGGGGUUAUUGGAGAGAGAGGAUGGGAUGCCGACUCCUUUGUUGUCGAUUCUCCUCGGGAAGAAAUCUUCCUCUUGGGUUCAUGGCGGCGGCUACUACUGAAGUUUGAAGAAUGUCCCUCUGGAAAUCUCGUG